AUGGCUGAGUCCGUUGUUUCGAGUGUGGUUUCCAAUGUCGUGUCUCAGCUUGCCAGCCUUGUCACACAAGAAGCUGCUUUCUUGCGUGGGGUGAGGGAUCAAGUCGAAUGGGUCAAAGCAGAGCUGAGCGGAAUGCAAGGCUUCCUCAAAGAUGCCGAGUCCAGGAGGAAGGGAGACGAAAGAUUGGAGAGCUGGAUACGUGAGGUAAGAGAUGUGGCAUAUGAAGCAGAAGUCAUCAUAGACAAGGUCAAGUACAUGGCUGAGAGGCGACGUCAGAGGAGAGGCUUCGUGGGCUCCAUUUCAAGGUACUCUCACAAACCUUGUGAAUUGAUCCGCCUACACAAAAUUGGUUCUGAAAUUAAAAAAAUAAAGGGGAAGAUCCGUGGUAUCUCUGAGAGAAGAGCCAGAUAUGGCAUUGCUAACCUGGGUGAAGGUGGAGUUGAGAGGAGCAGCGAUUGGGAUGAUCAUUUGCAAGCACUGAGGCAAUUCCCUGAUCAUUACUUUGACGACACUGACGUCAUAGGUUUCAAGGACGAUAAGGAAAAAUUAGUGAAAUUAUUAGUGGAUCCGGAGAACAAAAACCGCAGUGUAAUUUCCAUAGUGGGUAUGGGUGGUCUUGGCAAGACCACCCUUGCAAGGAAAAUCUAUAAUAUGGAUGAAGUUAAACAACAUUUCGAUACAUCUAUUUGGUUGACUAUUUCACAGAAAUUCGAUGUUCGCGCAAUAUUAAAGGAUAUGGUGAAAAAGAAUAUUUCGAGCGCUAUAGAGGAGAUGAAUGAAGAGGAGCUCAGAAAGAAGCUAUAUGAUUUUUUUAAAGAUACAAAAUAUUUUGUUGUAAUGGAUGACGUAUGGGACGGUCUAGUGUGGGAACGAAUAGGCCCAAUCUUUCCUAAUAAAAAUAAUGGAAGUAGAGUACUCCUUACUUCCCGUAAUAUUGAAGUUGCAAGGUCUAUCGACCCAUCCAUUGAUCCACAUGAACUGCACACUCUAGACGAUGCAGAGAGUUGGGAACUUUUUUGCAAGAAGGCUUUUCCAAACCAACAUAUACUGGAGGAGUUACAAGAUGUGGGUCGGAACCUUGCAAAGAAAUGCGGUGGUCUACCUCUUGCACUGGUUGUGCUAGGAGGAUGUAUGUCAAGCAGAGAACGUAGUCAUCUUGCAUGGUCUGAGGUAGAUAAGAGCAUCGAAUGGGAAUUCAUGCACAAAGACAAAAGAUGCCUAGAUAUAUUGGCUCUAAGUUACAAUGACUUGCCUAAUCAAUUGAAAUCAUGCUUUUUGUACAUUGCUUCUUUUCCGGAGGACUCCACUAUUUCAGCAUCGAAACUAGUAAGAUUAUGGAUUGCUGAGGGUUUUAUACCACAAAGACCCAAGCAGACAUUAUUAGAGGAAACUGCAAGGAAUUGUUUGGAUGAACUGGUCCAGAGGUGUAUGAUCCAGGCUGUGGAGAAAAGUGGAGGUUAUGAGCGGGUCAAGGGGAUACGCAUCCAUGAUAUGUUACAUGAAGUAGGCAUAUCAGAAGCCAGAAAGGAUGAAUUUCUUCAUGUUUGCAGUAGUGACAUGGCAGUAUCUAAUGGUAUAUCCACUCAUCGUGCAGCUUUCAACAAUGUUGUAAAUAACGAGGUGGCUACUUCCUCACCACAUCUGCGCACUUUGCUAGGCUUCAAUUUAGUUUUGGAAGAUAGUACUGCUGCGGGAAAAUUUUUGAAUGGGUUGAACUCAUUAAGGGUGCUGGAUUUGGAAGGCGCAUACGGUCUCCAGGAGUUGCCGGAACAGAUCGGCGACAUGAUUCAUCUACGAUAUAUGGGAUUGAGAAACACUGGUUUAAACAGACUUCCAUCCUCAAUAGGACGUCUCCUGAAUCUGCAGGCUCUGGAUGUGAGAAAUACAGGAGUCGAAUGGCUGCCAAAAUCAUUUUGGAAAAUCCGGGCGUUGAGACACAUCUAUAUUCAUGCAUAUACGUUUCUCAGUGCACCAAUAGUUGGUGAUCACAGCGACUUGCAGACUUUGAAAAUCGAAGGCUAUCCAUGCCUGGAGACGAGAUACAAAGUGAAAAUGGACAGACUUGUCUCCUUGACUCUGAAUUUUUAUCCAAUCCCUGGGGACAUCCUUUUCGCUCGGGCACCAAACCUACACCACCUCCGUUCAUUAAGACUGCAUGGACGAGUGCUAUUCAAGCAACGGCAGCAGCUCCCAGACAGCACUCAAUUCCCACCAAACCUCACUGAGCUCGUAGUGUCUCAUUCUGAAUUGGAGCAAGACCCAAUGUCGGUGCUGGAGAAGCUGCCAAACAUCAGGCUUCUUGAACUGGCAUUGAUUGAAAUUUCGGGGGAGAUAAUGUCGUGCUCUGCUGGUGGCUUUCCUCGACUGCAACACUUGACAUUAGAUGAAGUAUUUGAUUUAAAGGAAUGGAGAGUGGAGGUUGGGGCGAUGCCUAGACUCACCCACUUAACUAUCGCGAAUUGCAAAAAGUUGGAGAUGCUUCCUGAUGCAUUGCAGCGCAUGACCGCCCUUCGGGAACUGAAGCUGAUUCGUAUGCCUUGUCAGUUCAACGAGGGGGAUAGGUACAAGGUUCAACACAUCCCCUCCAUCAUUUUUGAAGAUGAGCCAUGACAUAAUAUCACCAGCAUCUGCAAGUCACAUCCUCUCUCCUCCAUUUCCUUUGCCCCUCCAUUGUGUGUAAUUUCCA